AUGCAUUCAGAGAAUAAAAAGACAAUGGAACCAGAGUUGGAUGACGAAGACAUCACGAAACCUCUCUCUGCUGUGGCAGACGUUAAGGUUCAGAGGAAUUUUUUAUUUGAUCAACCAGAAUAUCUUUCUUCUAUGCUUCAGAAAUUGCAGGGAAUGACAAGAUACAACACAGAUUCUCAGUUAUCAAGGAUACUAUUAGAGUCACCAUCUGUAAUUGCGCACCAAGUGGAUGCCUCACUGAAUGAUGUGAAUAUGCUAUUUCAUUAUGUAAGUACUGCUGUUCUUUACUCCUCUGAAACCGCAUUAACUCCCAUCUCGGUUUCAGAGUCCCUCUCCCAACGCUAUCGUUAUGUUAUUUCAACUGGACAUGAAUCUCUUGAUGAUGCAUUGAAAGGUGGUAUUGGAUGUGGUUUAGUCACAGAGAUCACAGGUGCCAUGGGCUCCGGUAAAACUGCAUUUGCUCUUCACUUAGCGAUGCACUCAGCAAGCUAUGUUAAAAAUGAUCCCAGAAAAUCUCGUACACUUUGGAUAACUACGGAUGAGUCAGCGUUCCCAGCUUUAGCAGCAGUAACUGUGCUUCAACAACAACUCCAUAUGUGUGGGGAUUUUGGUGAAGAUUCAGAAGACGCAUUGAGUGAUGUAGCAAUAUCGGUACAGGCUAGUCUUGCCCAAUUACGGGCAUACAUACCAGCUCUUCGGCAACACCUUUCACAUUAUGUGAACGUUCGACUAGUGGUAGUUGAUAACUUCUCCAUUAUGGUGCGACGAGAGUUUCCUGGGGUAGAAGAGGAAAUACUAGAACGACAAGAAGCUGUUGCAGAGAUGAUGGGACUCCUUAAAGGAAUUGCACAGGAAUUUGGUGUGGCUGUUGUAAUUGCUACCGUAUCCGGAGUGGAACUUGGUCAUGCCUUUCUUCAUGCCGUAAACACUCGCCUUCGUUUUACAGAAUGUUUGCUGGAACGACGAAGUACUAUGGGGAUUCAAGAGAGUAGAGGAUGUCCGACACAUGUGAUGGAACUAACCAAAAGUUCUAUUGCCGCACCUUUACGGUUUGAGUGUAAAUUCGAUGGGAUGUCUUUGAAGUGUGUACGUCUCCUCGAUGAGAGUGAGUUGAUGGUAUUUGAGGACAUCGCCAUUUCUGGUAUGGAUCCCUUCGGUCACGUGGUCGUUCCAACGUUUAUUUACUCAUGA